AUGCCUCUCAAAUGGUUUCGGAGUCACCGACAAAGCAGUACUAGCAGCACUGAAGAUGAAGCCAUCUACUCGGCCACAAAGACCUCGAAGAUCAAGCAGAAAUUCAAGCGGAGCAAGUCACAACGAUUCUAUCGACCCCAUUCGGAGGGUCCCGGUCUGCGUGCCAUGAUUGGCUUGGGCCGGUCCGUGCAGCAUGAACUUGACAUGUCUAGUGCGAUAGCAGCGGAAGAAGAGCAGCGACGUAUUUCGUACCAAACCAAGACCCAUCGUCGGUUUACUACCCACGGAUUCUCCACUCACCACAAACAGAGCGAUACAAAGUCACCAGCUGGAUCUCCAUUGCCACUGAGCAAGUCGGUUUCUCCGAGAUAUGCAAACUCAUGGCACCACGGCCUAAGUUCGAACCGAUUGGUGCAUGGACGCAGCCCACGGACUCUUCCGACGAAGUCUAUUACACUGGACGGUCACCCUUCGAUUAUCUUCAUCGACUGCCCGCCGUAA